AUGGUAACUGCAGCCCUUCUUUUGUCCUGUUUCCCCUUCCUCUUCUCUUCCCUUGUAAUAGCAAUCCUUCCUCAAACAUCUCCCAAUCUCAAGACCUGCAAUUCUUCUUCUUCUUCAUGUGAGACAUUUGCUGUUCUUCACACAAAUCCAUUCUUCUCUUCUCUCUCGAACUUAACCCUCUUCCUCAAUCUCAACCGUGUCGCCAUUUCCGAAGCGAAUGAGCUCCCUCCCAAAACAGAGUAUUUCAAAAAGGACCAGUCUUUGCUCAUCCCAUUGACCUGCAAGUGCUCUAAAGGCGGUUUCGAAGCUGAACUCGUGAAAACGACGGUCAAAGGCGACAGCUUUUCCUCCAUUGCUGGUUCUCUAGAAGGACUGACGAACAUUGAUGGAAUCAGGGCGAGGAACCCAAAUGUGGGGCCAUGGAAUCUCGGCGAGAAAGCUCGGAUCUUGAUCUCGUUGAGAUGCGGUUGCCCUGAAGCGCCAUUGGAUAAAGCUCGAAUCUUUCUCACUUACCCUGUUCUUCCAGGUGAUUCCAUCUCCACCCUUUCGAUAAAAUUCAACGCUUCCCCUGAUUCUAUAGUCUCUGCGAAUCCCCAGUUGCAGGCGAAACUCCAGCCGUUCACCUCCGUUCUGAUCCCGGUCACCGGGAAACCUCACAUUCUCUUCUCCAAUUUCCGGCUCCGUCGAAAGAAAAUGCGGCGGAAGGUGGGAAUGUACGUGGCCGUGAUAUGCGGUGUGAUUCUCGGGUGCAUCGCAAUUGCAGGGGGAGUCUUCGUGGCGUUGAUGCAGCUCAAGAAGAGGGAAGCCCAGAAACAGGGGAGCCAGCUAGGGAAAAAACAGAGAUCGAAGGAUGCUGACGUGGAGCUCCAGCAGCUGAGCUUGAGCGUCCGCACGACGAGCGACAAGAAAGUAUCGUUCGAGAGCUCGCAGCCCGACACCGUGGAGCUUAAUCAUCACCAUAGCCAGAUCGUCGAGGCCACUACGCCGCGGCAAAAGAGGACGAUUUUGGAGAGCUACACGGUGGAGGAAAUACAGAGGGCUACAGAGGAUUUCGAUUCGGGGAAUCACAUCCAAGGGAGCGUCUACCACGGCCGGCUCAACGGCAAGAACAUGGCGAUCAAACGGUUGAAAUCGGAACACGUGUCGAAGAUCGAGUUCGGGAUAUUGAGCAAUCCAACUCACCAUCAUCCUAAGAUCCUCAAGGUCUUGGGGACUUGUUUGAGUGAAGAAGGGUCGGAUUGGUCGUACCUAGUGUUCGAGUAUGCCAAAAAUGGGUCCUUGAAAGAUUGGCUCCAUGGAGGGUUGGCCAUGAAAAAUCAGUUCAUCGCGUCGUGUUACUGUUUUUUGACGUGGGAUCAGAGGCUCAAGAUAAGUUUAGAUGUGGCCGUUGGGUUACAAUACAUGCAUCACAUCAUGAGCCCUUGUUAUGUCCAUAUGAAGUUAAGGAGCAGGAACAUUUUUCUCGAUGAGGAGUUCAACGCGAAGAUAGGAAAUUUUGCCAUGGCGAAACUCGUUGAAGAAGAUGAUAAGAUCGAUAACGAUUAUCUGGCUCCUGAGUACGUGAAGCAAGGUAUGAUCUCUCCGAGUAUUGACAUUUUCGCAUACGGUGUUAUUUUGCUUGAGGUUUUAUCGGGCAAAACGGCGAUAGCAAGAGGAGAUGGAAAGGGGGAAGGGCAUGUGAAGCUUUGUGAGAGCGUAAAGAGAGUAUUGACUUCGGAGAAUGAUGUUGAGUUCAAGGAAUGGAUCGAUGGCGUGUUGGGUGAUAGCUACCCUUUCGAUGGGGCUCUAGCAUUGGCCAAUCUGGCGAAAACAUGUGUCGACGAAGACUCGAAUUUGCGACCAAGUGCGGGAGAUAUAGUCGAGAAGCUCUCUGCAUUGGUCGAGGAAUCGAGCACGGGAGAAGGAGGGGAGAGCAGCAAUGUGUUGUUUAGUGAGAGCUCUAGUAAGCCUCUAGUGAAAGCUGCCGCAACAUAA